AUGUUUUGGGCGCCCUGUUCUUUCGCGUUUUUUGGCUUUCGUCGGGUUUGCGAAUUUACCUGUUCACCUCUUCAUCAAGACGUCAAAACGGACCAGUUCCGCCGAGGCGUGUCUCUCUCCAUCGGUGCGUCGGGAAUACGCAUCUGCGCCGUAUCUGCGGUUCGCCGUUACCUUCAGGUUCGAGGCGACGCUCCCGGACCACUGUUCGUGUUAUCCGAUGGCUCUCCGCUAACACCGGUGGUGGUUAACUGUUGGCUCAGUGCGAUGUUAUCCAACUUGGGAAUACGUGGUACCUACUCCAGUCACAGUUUCAGGAUCGGCGCGGCGACCAAAGCAGCGUCUGCGGGUAUCCCGUAUCACUUAAUUAAGACAUUUGGUCGUUGGUCGAGCAACGCGUAUCUUCGGUACAUUCGGACUCCAUCGCCCGUGCUAACAUCAAUAGCUGCCGUGCUGGCAUAA